ACCCGUGCAGCUUUUUUUUUGUUCUUCUAGCUGUGUUAUUUUAAACUCGUCUUCCGGCUUUUGUGGAUGAGCUGGCCCUGUCAUCGUCGUCACCUUUCCUCGUGCGAAUUCGCAAAAAAAGAAAAACGAGCGCGGAACUAUCCCCCUGCGGCGUAAACCUCAAGGCCGAGUGGACUGCAGGAAGUGCUCUGGACUCAUCGGCGUCGAUACUGGGAAGCCCGCAACGCCGCCUGGUAUAAAUAUCUCGAGUGGCUCGCAUGAGAGGCGUCAGUGCUCUUCGGUCGUCCAUAAGUGGUAAACGCUGUAAAGCCCGACAGCCCACGGUUUAGGUUGAAUCAGGCUAGUCUCGGAGGCCUUGCUGAAGACGACGCCGGAUUUCCAAAGCAGAGAGGUCGUGCCUAUGGACUAAUUAUUCGAAGAACAUUGUAUAACAGAGCUGAAGGGUGGUAAGUGGCCAGCUUUCACGCAGUUCACCGAGGAAAGCUGAGCUCAUCUUAGUCACCAGAAGAAAAUCCACGAGUGAUUGACGCCAACUAAGGAGCUUAGUCCCACUUGCCUGAAGGAAGAGGGACAUCGGACGCUUUCAACUCAACACGCAUAUUUCUGAAGGGAUCCAAACAGGCCGCCAGCGCGCAAGUCAUAUCGACAACAGACCCAAUGGAUUGCGCGUGGUGACGUUGUGCGUCCCGCUCUGUGUCGUCAAGAGUCGUAGCCGCCGGCACUUGCAACCCGAGUAAGCUGUAAGCACGCAACCAGGGGUACACGAUGCUGAACAUCGUGGCAAGCACGUUUUCGGCCGUGUCCAGCGCCACGUCGGCCUUUUCGUGGAAGUACGUGAUGCUGCUAACUGUCACCACGGCCACUCAACGCGUGCUACUUGCCACCAUCGUGGUGGCCGGCUUCGUGGUCGUGAGCCAGGCCCUGCUGCGCUUCUACCGGCUCUGGAAGGCGCUGAGGCCCAUGGCGGGACCCCCGGACUGGUUCCCGCCUCUAUUCAACGUCAAUUGUCUCAGGGCCGCGGCCCGUUACCGGGACAUCUUCAACACUUCCACAGGGCUGUUCAGCCUGCUCGUGGGCCUGACAUACUUCUUCGAGCGGGAGCGGGUGUUCAAGACCUACCUGGGGUUCCAGCCCGUCGUCGUGCUCUUCAAGCCGGAAGCGGUUGAGUCUGUACUCAACUGUUCGACGAACCUGAAGAAGCCUAUCCUGUACUCGCUGCUCCAUGCUUGGCUGGGAACCGGUCUUCUCACCAGUUCCGGCUCCAAGUGGAAGUCGCGGCGGAAGAUGCUGACGCCGGCGUUCCACUUUCGAAUACUCGAAGACUUCCUGCCUAUCAUGAACGAGCAAGGAGAGAUCUUCGCGCAGGCGCUGCAGCACCAGACACAUGGUGUGAUCGACAUCACCAAGUUCGUCACUGCCUGCACUCUCGACAUUAUUUGCGAGACUGCCAUGGGAGUCAAGGUGAACGCGCAGACGAACCCGACCUCUACGUACGUGAGCAACAUCUACAGAGUGGGCAGCAACUUCAUCAACCGCGCCGUGCGGCCGUGGCUGUGGCUGGACUCUCUUUACCGGCUAACGAGGAACGGACGUCUCUACCACCACGACAUAAGCGCCAUCCACACAUUCACCAAGAAGGUGAUACGUGAACGGAAAGACGUCAAGCUCGCCGAGAAGCGGCUCAUAACGGACUCCAGCGACGAACUCAAGAAGCGGCCAAUGUUCCUGGAUGUCCUGCUUGACCACCACAUAAACGAGAACAGCAUCUCUGAAGAGGACAUCCGCGAAGAGGUGGACACCUUCAUGUUCGAGGGACACGACACGACGUCAGCAGCCAUAUCUUGGUGCAUCUACUUGCUGGGCCACAGUCUAGAAGCACAGAAGAAGGUACAGGACGAGAUGGACCUCAUAUUCGCCUGCGACCGAGACCGCUAUGCCACCGUAGCUGAUCUCAAGGACAUGAAGUUCCUAGAAUGCUGCAUCAAGGAGAGUCUUCGAUUGUUUCCUUCAGUGCCUAUAAUCGGCCGAGAGAUAUACAAAGAGUUCUGCAUAAACGGUCGAGUGGUGCCGGAAGGCUCGAUCGUGAUCAUCUUCUCGUACAUGCUUCAUCGAGAUCCGAAGACCUUCCCGCAACCGGAAGAGUUUCGGCCUGAGCGCUUCCUGCCGGAGAACACCGUGGGAAGGCAUCCAUUUGCCUAUGUGCCGUUUUCCGCUGGACCUCGGAAUUGCAUUGGCCAGCGGUUCGCGCUCAUGGAAGAGAAGAUUGUGCUGUCCAACUUGUUCCGGCGGUUCAGCGUACGCUCGCUAGUGCCCCGCGACCAACUGCAGCUGGCUGGCGAGCUCGUGCUUCGAAACAAGACUGGCAUCGAAGUCACGCUAUCACCCCGACAAAACACCCACGCCGUGGAGAAACAUGGAUAGAGACAGAACAGUUAUCACCCUGCCUUCAUCAUCGCGCUUUUUUUUUCUUUUCAUGUUUUAGAUCUGUACAGAAUUAUGCGUCCUAACUGUGUGUGUAUGGCGGAAGGCAAGAGCCUGGGCACAAGUUUAUUCAUGUACUCAUAGGUCUGUGAUGUUGCGCAGCAGCGGGCUGAUGCGCAUGCGCGGUGUGGGUGUCAGAAACCCACAGUUAGAACCAAACGCACCGUGCAAGCGCUGAAAUGUCCACUGUUAUGUUAUGUGCUCAAAGUGAUGGAGUCAAAACGACUGAGCGAUUAAUAAGGGCGCGAUCCUAGUUGCGCACUUCAGUUUCAGACAUGCGUCCAGAGACAUGACUAUUUCUUCAGGAGAACAUUUUUGAAAGCGCCCUGGCCAACGAUCAGGGAUCCCGCGCAUGAUCAGGCGUGACGAAGUCCACUCAUGUUACUGCUGAUUUGCAACUUUCGAUCUUUCACACCCAUUCACCCUUUCUCAGUGCAAGGUAACGAACCGCGCUCUAGUCUGGUUAAUCUCCUUGCCUUUCCCUUAUCACUCCUCUCUCUCUCUCUCUCACUCUCUCUCUCUCUCUCUCUCUCUACGGAGGAGCGGCAGCGCAAAUAUUUUGCUCGGCGCAACAAAGUUAGGCUCGAGGCAACUUGUACCUCAGUGAAGAUAGUAUGAACCAUUUCUGUUGAAAGUUUAAGCGCCACUCCACGGUUGACUACAGCUCUUUGUGGAUCAUGCAAUCCCUCUGCUGUAAACGCUUUUGCCGUUCAAGUACAUGCACAAUAAGAAUGGCUCUCCUUCUAUAUUUUUGCGUGCGAGAAAAGCUUCACCACACUGACGCAUGAGCGAUAACAUGCGGAGUGACGUUUAAGUUUCUGACACAGUCACAUACUCCUUCUAAAACCCUAUAUACCAUACUAAAAUCCGAAAGGGGGCUGAUAGGUGGAGUGGCUGUCAGACGCCCACAAUUAGAACCAAACGCGCGGUGCAAGCGCUCAAAUGUCCAAGCGCAAGUUCUGUACUCAAAGUGAUGCAGUGGUGUUCCAGAAAGCCUAUACACCAUUCUGAAGUACUCGCUGAUGAAUGAAGCAGUAAAUACGAGACAAACGGAGAAGGCGGCAAAGCCAAGGCUUAGUUCAGAGGACUAAAACCUCUGAGAUAACUCUAGCGCUAAGUUUUCAAAGGUGGGCUCUGAAGUGUCAGUUGUCUGUACCCAAACCUACGUGCAUCAGAAGCCAACGCGUUCUGCACGAGUCCUCACUGAAAGGAAAGGAUGUUGGAAAUUGUUGUGCAGGACAUCCGCAUAAUUAUGGUUAAUCACAAUCGGAAGGAGAGCAAAAGUUGCGUUCUGGAAGAUUCGCACACUUGUCUCUAUUCACCAGGGAGCCCAAGCCUUCAAAACGAGGCUCCAAGUAUUAGGAGAGAGUACUAUGUGAAUGACAGACAGCUAUAGACUACCACAAAUUCAGGCUCUAUAUUGUAAUAGAGUAGAAAUGGAAAAUGCUGGAAGAAAGAA